CAUCUUCUUCGCUUCUCAAUCUUAUUUUUUUUACUCUCUCUACAUACAUACAUACAUCUAUAUCUAUCUAUAUCUAUACACCUGUAUCUAUAUUCCGUUGAUCCAUCGCCCUACUGUAAUCAUGAGUGAUGAAGGAGAAAAGACGUGUCCACUUUGUGCCGAAGAGAUGGAUUUGACUGAUCAGCAGCUCAAGCCUUGCAAAUGUGGUUAUGAUAUCUGUGUUUGGUGUUGGCACCACAUAAUGGAUAUGGCUGAAAAGGAUGCUACAGAAGGGAGGUGUCCUGCAUGUCGUACCCCUUAUAAUAAGGAAAAAAUAGUAGGGACGGCAUCCAAGUGUGAAAGAUUGGUGGCCGAAAUGAGUGUGGAGAAGAGACAGAAGUCACAGAAGGGAAAGACUAAAGCAUCUGAAGGCAGAAAGCAGCUUAGUAGUGUGAGGGUUAUACAACGAAAUCUUGUUUAUAUUGUUGGAUUACCUCUUGAAUUAGCAGAUGAAGAUCUUUUGCAACGGAAAGAAUAUUUUGGUCAGUAUGGGAGGGUGCUGAAGGUUUCUAUAUCUCGGACAGCUGCUGGUGCUAUUCAACAUUUUGCAAACAAUACUUGUAGUGUAUAUAUUACUUACUCAAAGGAGGAUGAAGCGGUUCGAAGUAUACAGUCAGUACAUGGGUUUAUUUUGGAGGGUAGACCUUUGAGAGCCUGUUUUGGGACCACAAAAUAUUGCCAUGCAUGGCUAAGAAGCACGCCUUGUACCAAUCCUGAUUGCUUGUAUUUGCAUGAGUUCGGAUCACAAGAGGAUAGCUUCACCAAAGAUGAAGGAAUUUCAGAAUAUACAAGGGGUAGAGUUCAGCAAGUUACCGGUGCUACACAUGAAAUGCAACGACGUGCGGGAAAUAUAUUACCACCUGCAGCAGAUGACUAUUCUAAUAACAGCACUUCAUGGGCAAAAGCUAUUAGUAAAAGUACUACAAAUGAUCCACCAAGUAGUAUGAAAGUUUCCCCACCAAAUAGUUUGAAAGUUUCUCCGCCAAAUAGUAGUUCUGGGAGAUUCGCAGCUCUUCCUGCAGCAGCCUCAUGGGGAACACGUGCUUCAAAUAGUCAACCUCUUGCUGCAAAUGCAUUGAGUUCUAAUGGACCUUCUAAACAAAAGAUGGACACUAGUACUAUGUUAUCGGUUUCAACAGCACCGGUGAGUCCUUCACAUGCCAGUGAGAUGCUAAAGAAGUGUAGCGGAGAAAGCCCAACUGCUAAUGGAAAAGGUAAGCUAGAACAAACAGAAUCUGAAAAUCAGGUUAUGGGCACAAACCAUCAUACAACGGCGUGCGAGAAGCCUGCUAUGGACAAUGACUUGGAUGUUUCUGAUGAAGUAAAAGUUCACCAUUUAUCAUCCGACAUGUCAUCACUCAGCGUUGGGGCAAGCCAUUCAUCACAACCAUGUGAUGAUGAGAAACUUCCAGAAGCGUCCCCCUCAAAUCAAGCAAUCAAGGCCUCCGAUCCAACCGUAAUUGAUUAUGUUACAGAAUAUUCUUGGAAUAAAGUACAAGAAGUGGCAAUCAGUGAGGCUGAAGCGGACUUAUUAUCUUUUAAUGAUCAGAGGCUUAGGGACCCAGAAGUUGUUACAAACACACAUACACAUACAGGCUAUACACAAAAUAUGCCUCAAUCAUCUCUAUUAAAUAGCACUUUGGGUUAUUCUCAUUCUCCCCGUCAGCAAUAUGUCUCUGUUAAUGGCAGUUUAGAUCCUUCAUUUGGGAAUCAGAAUUUUGAUAAAGGGUCCUUUUCAAAUACAGUUAGUAUGCCGGUAGCUAAUGGGCACUCUUCAAAUCUAGAUGGUGAUUCAUUCUUUGAAGCCUCUAAUGGGCAUUCUUACUAUUCUGCUACCGAAGGGAGUAGGAAACAAAUGGGAAUGUUCGAUGAUAGAGUAACAGUUGUGUCAAAUGGGGAUCACAAAAGUACCUUAGAUUUAGGAGAAAACAGUAUAAUAUCUAAUAUUCUGUCGAUGGAUUUCGACCCUUGGGAUGAAUCGUUAACCUCUCCUCAAAAUCUGGCUAAAUUUUUAGGUGACAGUGAUAAACAUCUGGGGUCUCAGAGGGUUUCAAGCUCAAGGAAAACACAAAACUGCAAUCAGUCGCGGUUCUCAUUUGCAAGAGAGGAUGACGAAUCCAUAGAUAAUGGAUCAAAUUUCACACAUAAUUUAAGUGAUUUUGGGCCUGGCGUUGGCAAUCGGAACUUUAACCGUGAUUUUCACAGUAACUCAGAUGCUUAUCUGGGCCAAGUUAGCAAUUCGAAUGGUUUCUCUUCUUUUAAUUUCGAGGAAUCUGAUCGUACUGCUAGCCAUCAUUCUUCUAUGUCCAAUAAAGUUCCAGUUUCGAGGUCCCAAAUUUCUGCACCUCCUGGAUUUAUGGGCCCCAGCAGAGCACCACCUCCAGGCUUUACCUCUAAUGAGAGGAUGGAACAGACUUAUGAUAACCUAUCUGGCAAUCAUAUGUAUGACAGUUCCUUGUUACUGAGAAAAGUGCAUCAAGCACCAGCUCCUGUAUAUAAUGGUGGUGUUGGUGACCUUGAGUUUAUGGACCCUGCAAUUUUGGCAGUUGGUGGUAGAGUUCCUGGUGGGCUGAAUAGUCCAGGGUUAGACAUGAGAUCAAACAUUCCUUCACAACAUACUUCUUUUGAAAAUGAUAAUAAUAGGCUGCGACUUUUGAUGCAAAGAUCCUUCACUCAGCAAAACCACAGAUUUAGUGAGCUAGGGGAUAAUUUAUCUUUUCCCCAGAGAACAGAUUCUUAUGGAGUUCCUUCUAGAAUGGUAGAACAGAACAAUCGAUCCCUUUAUCCACAGCAGCAGGCUAAUUUCCAACAGCCGAGGAUGUCAAAUGGGCAUUGGGAUAGUUGGAAUGGGGUUCAAAGUGGAAAUGAUAUUGCAAUGGCAGAGCUUCUAAGAAAUGAGAGACUGGGGUUCAAUAAAUAUUAUUCAGGUUAUGAAGAUACAAAGUUCAGGGUGCCAAGUUCAGGUGAUUUGUAUAAUAGAACAUUUGGAAUUUGAUUUUCGAAGGAUCUAACUUGCUGGCCUGGUUGGUGGUCUGAGCUUGUUGGGCAUGUGAUGUGAGACGUUGCACCCAGAAAUGGUACGGUAUGGCUGAUUCAUCUUCAUUUGAUUGGUGAAAGAUUGAAUUUUCUGAAACAAGGGCUUCAGAAACCAGCAGCAGGCAUAGCUAGUUAUGAGAUUGAGGACCUUGUUCCAGAAGUCGAGUGGAGGAUAUGCUGUACAUAACCAUCAUUUAAUCCGGGUGAUUCUCCAGUUAAAUAAUCUUCGUGUUCUCUCUAGUUUCUAUCAGUGUGAAGAUAACCAAGUUAAUUUGCAUCAAAUGGUCGUAAAGUGGGUUUUUUAUUUACAUGAAUUAACAUUCUUUGUGGCGUGAUUAAACCAAUUAUACUACAUAUACAUUUCUAUACAUGAAUUUAAGUGAAUUCAUAAAUUUCCCAAGUUCAGUUUA